GAUCAGACUUUUAAUGAUAUCCCAUGUUUGUUUAAAGUUCAUUAAUGUGUCUGUGUUUCAGCGUCGAUCUGUGUUUUAAAGCUUGAAGAAUGACGAGCUGAAGAUGUUCAGAUCUCCUCCCCUCGGUUGUGAUUCCUGGUUUCACCCAGAAUCCUUCACUCCAUGCAAAUACUUGUAAACUCCAGCGUCAACGUGUUUAAAACUCCCUCACAUCUCUGGCGUCCCGCAGCCAUGGAUCCGACGUUCACCUGCCUCCUGCUCCUGCUCAGCUCGUCUUCUGCAAAGUACGUCUACGUGGAGCAGAGGACGAGCUGGCCUGAGGCUCAGAAUCACUGUCGGACGCACUACACGGACCUGGCUGCCGUCAGCAACAGACAGGACACGGAGCGACUCCAGCAGCUCGCCGGUGAGAUCGGCGGUUAUCUGUGGAUAGGGAUGGAGAGACACUCCACAGACAGUGGGAGGUGGAUGUGGUCGGGCGGGGGUGAGGUGUCUGUGUUUUUCUGGGCACCGGGGCAACCGGACAACCGACUGAAUGAGCACUACAGUGUGAUUCAAAUGAGCGGGUGGCACGACGCGAGGCCGCUGCUCUACACGCUCCCCUCCUUCUGCUUCAGGGUGGUCGUGGUGAGGCAGAGGAAGACGUGGGAGGAGGCUCUGGUCCACUGCAGGGAGCAUCACCUCGACCUGGCCAGCGUGGCCUCGGACACGGAGAUGCUGCUGAUCCAGAGAGAGCUGGAGAAACACGUCACCACCGAACGCGUCUGGAUCGGUUUGCGUUUCUUCCCCGGGGGCUGGCAGUGGGUGGACGGGCGGCCGCUGGAGUACGAGGCCUGGAGUGAGGAGAUCAAACCUGCGUGUCCUCGACUCACACUGAGCUGUGCUGCUUUGCAGGUGAUGGGACGAGCGGCGGGUAACGCGGCGGAGCUCGCUAACGCCACCGUGGGGACAGUUGGCAGCGGUGCAGCGAUGAACACUGCAGCAGGUGUCGGAGCCGACGCGCUCGGAGCGAGUUCUGCAGCUGACGGAAGGAAUCAACGUGUGUGGGAGACUCAUGACUGUGAAGACAGACUCCACUUCAUCUGCUACUGACGUCGUGUUGUAGAAAUAUCUUUUAGUUUGAGUUUGAUAGUUUAAAAGUCAUAUUG